AUGGUGACCACACGGUUACAAGAGAAGAAAAGUCACGACACACCGGAACCGUCCACAGCCGUCGACCUAUCUACAAAUACAGAACAGCAAACUCCAUCUAACCCCUCAAAGAAACGCAGUACUCCCAGAACCAAAGCUACGCAGAAUGUAGACGCACAAAAGUCACUGAAAAAGUCUGCUCGGACAGAGGAUUCCUCGCUCCUCGACGACGAUGCCACGCCAAUGGCCAACAACAAAACAGUACCAAUCCGCCAAAAGCCAACAGAGUCAUUCUUCACUCCAGCACAGACUCCAGCAAACAAACGGAAACGCUUCACCAGCGAGGAGCUCGAGGAUUCGACAUUAGACACUUUCGAAACUCCAGCGGAGCACCCUCAAAGUAGGCCUGAGCAAAUUGAGGAGGAGCACGACGACGAUGAUGCCCCAGAAGUAGUCAGCAGCAAAUCUGCCGCUGCGCAAAUCCGAGGAUUGCGCAGUCGCGGUCUGAGCACUCCGGGCAACAAACGCAGAAAGACAGCAAAGAACCAGAAGUCCGCAGAGCCAGUGCCUGUGUCCGACACAAUCGAGGUUGUAAGCACGCCAGCAACGCCAGCUAAGAAGCCAGACCAAGACGAAGAGCAAGAGACAGACGACACUAUCGUUAACGAUCAGUCAGAGGCUGAGGUUCCAUCUGUCCAGACCGAAGACGAAAGCAUACCCCAAACCAUCACCGUGAGCGAAACGAUCAUAGUCGAGACGGCUUCUCUGAAACCUGAUGAGGAGGAUCAGACUCAGAGCCCUGCACCUGUUGUGGAUGACGCCAGUGAAACCAUCGACGAAACUGCGCCUACUACAGUCCUUCCAACGGCAACAGAAGAACCGGAAGCCGAACCAUCGACUGACCACGCCACCCUCGAUGACCCUACAAUCCCAGAAGAAACGAGCGCCGCAGCUCAGCCAGAGAGCGUAUCUGAAGAAUCCGCGCCCAAUGACCUAGCAUCGUCCACGGUUCGGGAGCAUAUUUCUGCAUCACCAACCAUUCCUGAAACACAAGACGCCUUUCUCAAUCACACAUCUUCGCAACUCACCACAUCGACUCCAAAGUCUACCGCUAAACGUGCGCCAGAACCACAACCACAAUCACGACAUCGACCUAACUCUCGCUCCUCGCUUCCCAACCGCCCAACGAAGCUUUCGAAGCCUUCGAAACCCUCAUCUUCCAACCUCAGCCCCCAGGAACGCGUCGCACUCCUCCGCGGGCACCGUCCAGGACAAAAGCCAAAGGCCACAUCAUCUCUAGAGGCCUACCGCAAUCGCAUCCUCGAUCGGCAUCCACGGACAUCCGCUUGGGGCGCCCCUGGACAACGAAAGGUCAAAUUCCUGGGUGCUUGA